GGCACCAGCUACCGGACACGACGCGAUGAACUUGCCUAGCUAUGCAGUGCGAGGGCCUUAGGCGAAGACUGAACCUGGACUGGUUCCCGUCCACGUGCGCCGCUCGGGCAGCUUCAUGGUCUGGUCGGGGUCGCGGCUCUGGUUAUAAACAAGGACAGCUCUCUUCAGCCUCGCCAUGGUGCCUAACCGUACAGCAGCGAGGAAACAGCAGGGAGAGGGAAGCCAAGGCCAAUCAUUAGGUAGCUACCUGGAGGAGGAGGCAGAUCUCGAGGCAUGGAUCAGCUGGUCGGCAUGGCUCCUCAGCCGGCGAGCCCGGGCGCUGCCGCGGCGCCGCACGUCGCCGACAAGAUCCCGCCCGGCGACGGGCCGUACGCAAGGGCCAAGCACUACCAGCUGGUGGAGAAAGACCUGGACGCGUCCAUCGCGUGGUUCUGGAAGGCGAUCAACACGGGCGACAAGGUGGACAGCGCGCUCAAGGACAUGGCCGUGGUGAUGAAGCAGCGCGGGUACCUCGCCGAGGCCGUGGACGGCAUCAAGUCGCUGCGUCACCUUUGCCCCAAGCAGUCCCAGGAGUCCCUCGACAACAUCCUCCUCGACCUCUACAAGGCCAGCGGCCGGACCAAGGAGGAGAUCGAGCUGCUCAAGCAGAAGCUCCGCAAGAUCUACCUCGGCGAGACGUUCCACGGCAGGACGACGAAGCGAGGCCGGUCGCACGGCCGCAGGAUCCAUGUCUCCGUCAAGCAAGAAACCUCGCGCGUCCUGGGCAACCUCGCGUGGGCGUACAUGCAGCAGCGGAACUUCAUGGCGGCGGAGGUGGUGUACCAGAAGGCGCAGAUGAUCGACCCGGACGCAAAUAAGGCGUGCAACCUCGCGCUCUGCCUUAUCGAGCAGUCCCGGAUCGCCGACGCCGAGAUCGUCCUGGCCGACGUGCUCGCGGGGAGGUACCAGGCCCGCGACCAGCGAGACGGCAAGAUCGUCAGGAAGGUUGAGGAGCUGCUGGCCCGGAUCAUGGCCCUGACGUCGCCGGGCGGUGGUAGUGCAGCCGACGGCCGACGCGGGGACGAUGGCUGCGAUGACUGGGUCGAGGACGAGAUGGUGGCGCUGCUGGACGUGGUGGUGACACAUUGGGCGGCGCCGUACCGGAAGAGCAACAGGAGGCUGCCCGUGUUCGAGGAGAUCUCACCUAUCUGUAGGGAACAGAUGGCUUGCUAGAAGCGAUAUAUAAGUAUCUAUAGCAGGAUCUUUUAGGGAGUGCCGAUAGCUCCAUGCACACCAUCGACUCUUUUCCUCAGCAGCUCAAUCUUUUGGAUGAACUCGUCGAUGCAUGGUGCAUUGGGCUCAAGAGAUGGUUUGUACAAUUGCAUCAGGCACUGAAGUAAAGCGUGUACUUAAGUUUGUACCCUAUGCUUGCAUCUGUAGAUGUGUUUUGCAUGCAUGCAGCAUGUGUGCAUGUUUUAGGGAGUAGUUCGUAUGUGCAUGGUUUGUCGAUGCAUAGAAAUGUGUACAUAUCUUUGUAACCAGUGCAAACUUGGGCCUUCGU